AUGGAGAUAAAUCCAGAAGGAAAAGAAGGCUCGUUAAUCUUGAUUAAGCAAGGCGCGGAAGCUAGAGUUUUUGAGUCAAUGUUUGUGGGAAGGAAGUCUAUAGUUAAGGAACGCUUUUCAAAGAAGUACAGACAUCCAUCUUUGGGCUCGAAGCUUACUCUCAAGCACUUAAAUGAGGAGGAGGCUAGAUGCAUGACAAAAGCUAGACGACUUGGGGUUUCAACUGCAGUUCUUUAUGCUGUUGACCCAGUGUUGCAUACCCUGACAUUUGAGUACGUGGAGGGUUCCUCUGUCAAAGACCAUUUUCUUGAUUUCGGAUUACAUGGUGUUGUUGAAGAGCGGAUGGAUGAUAUUGCAACUCAGAUCGGUGAUGCCAUUGGCAGACUACAUGAUGGCGGCCUCAUUCAUGGUGAUUUGACUACAUCAAACAUGUUGAUCCGGAGUGGUACCAAUCAGCUGGUACUUAUUGACUUCGGUCUGAGCUUCACAUCGACUCUUCCAGAAGAUAAAGCAGUUGAUUUAUAUGUUCUUGAAUGA